AACAACCAAAGAUUUGAAUAACCCGCCAAUUCAAAUCCGCAAAAAUGGUCAAGAAGCGCGCGUCCAACGGACGUAACAAGAAGGGUCGUGGUCACGUCAAGCCCAUCAGAUGCUCCAACUGCUCCCGAUGCACACCAAAGGACAAGGCGAUCAAGAGAUUUACCAUCCGUAACAUGGUUGAGUCCGCUGCCAUCCGUGAUAUCUCAGAGGCAUCUGUCUUCUCUGAGUACACAGUUCCCAAGAUGUACCUCAAAUUGCAAUACUGCGUCUCUUGUGCCAUCCACGGCAAGAUUGUCCGUGUCCGAUCCCGUGUUGGAAGACGUAACCGUGCCCCACCUCCCCGUGUCAGAUACAACAAGGACGGAAAGAAGGUCAACCCAAACCAAGCUGCCGCUAAGGCUUAGAGUGCUUUAGGUUGGGAACGGAGGAGUUAUCGACUGGGUUUUUCGGGAUGCAUUUUGUCUUAUCCAAUUUCUAAUGCAAAAAGCAUUGCUUAGACAAAUAUGACCUCAU